ACUCGACCAUGGUCGAAUACGCUAUUUUCCGGCGGACUGGACGAAUGUCGAAUAUCCCAUUUUCCCGGCGGACUGGACCAUGGUCGAAUAGGCCGUUUUCCGUUUUAACGUAAAAUUCAUAUCGCAUAUAAUAAUCAUACUGAAAGAAAUAAAGUUCUUUUGAACGUCACUAAACUCUUUCCGACAAAGGUGACGAAAAAGUUUUAUUUUAUAAAAGUCCUUGAGUUGUUUAAACAUAAUUAUGUAUGCGAGCAUAGUCAGUGACAAGCUUCGUACUGCGUCGACUGAAUGAAAUCAGUCGUAAUCAGAUAUGGCGGUGUGAGUCAGUGUUGCCAAAACACCUCUGGACGUAAUAAUGACUGAGUAAAAUCUAGAUGUUGAACGUGAUUAAGAUUUUUGCGAUGGUGAUUAUGGGUUGCCAUCAUAUGUUUAUUUCACUCUGAGGAUUCAUCUAUGAAGGAUAUAUUUUUGUGUGUGAUAAAUUGUAUGGUUUCUUGAUAUUGCGUAAACAGACACAAAAAUAUAUCCUUCAUAAAUGGUAUGUGAAUCUCAGAGAGUUGCAUUUAGUUAAAACAAUAGCUCUGGCUUUAAGGAAGAGUCAGAGUGAUUGUAUUCAGGCCACGAAACUGAGAUUUCAGCAAUUCCGUAAUACAAAAUCCGCUGAGUAUUGACAUGAUCUUGCUCAAACGUGAUGAAAAAUUCCCAUAUAAAUACCUUAUUCCGGUCUUGCGGGGUAAACUUUCCCUAACCUUUGCCUAAUGAGCAUGCGUACGUGUAAAUUUACGCCACAAAACUGGCGUCAGGCGUCAGGCACUUUAAUAGCCUUCACCAUGACAGUGAUUUUACCCAUAUUAACCUUGAUAUAAACAGUGCAGGCUUGACAACUUCCGUUCCCGUUGGCGGAAUCAGACCCACCGACGUUUCAUCUCGGAAGCAAAUAUUUUAUUUACCAGUUAUAUUCCUAAACAAUACGUGUAUUGAAAGUUGCUUGACGAUUGCGUUGGAAACAGUAGAAAUCAUUCUCAUGUCGUCAUUUUGAAUAUGAAUUAAUGAUGACUCGAAAGGUCUACUACUUAAUAACCUAAGCCUAAGAAGAAGAUCUCUGUCUGAUUUUUGAGUAGAAGUUCUCUAUGACUGGUAGUGACUGUCAAUUGUAAUGUAGGCACUGAAUAUUCUGGCAGAUACAAUCAUCUGUGUGUUUGGUUCACAUGAAACUGAUAUCUCUUCUGACUAAACAACAGAAGCUGUGAAAAGCCAAACGCCCUCACAACGUCAAAACCUCAUGCUGACCUGGCUGCGACGACCAUUAUUAUAAUACAUCAUACAUGUAAGUGAUAAUUGGAGUCUUAAUAAUUACUUUUGAAAGAUAACGCGUCCAUUACGCCAACCAGCAAACACACAAUAAGUCAAUAAUCAAGAUUAGAAGUAAAAAUGAUUAGUUGAAUAAGUGAAUGCAACUGUUUAUAAUCUUUCAGCGUCCUUGUUUUAAACACACACAGAACAGAAGCUACAAGCAGACAGAAGUUGAAGUUCGAGCCUUAUCUGACCUGGGUUUGAAAGAUCACGGAUCCUGAAGUGCUUUUUUUCAAGGCGUCAGAAUGGAGAUUGGAGGAACUUACGUGGUAAUAAUGUUGUGUCUAUUAUUGUCGCUUCACGGAAGAGAUGGAACGAAGGGCGAGUCUGGAAAUGAUAAUCUAUAUCAAGAGAUACUACAGGAAUAUAAGAACAUGCUUGAUGAAAUCACGAUGUAUUCAGGAUUUGGACCCGUUGGCAGUAGAACGAGCUGUCAGAAUUCAUGUCAUGUUCCUUUGACAAAAAUGGAGAGAUCAAAAAAAAGCGAUGAAUGUCACUGUGACAAACACUGCAUAGCAUUUGGUGACUGUUGUUUGGAUUAUUGGCAAAGUUGUAACGUCUCAUUCCUCAAAACCAUUGGUAACAGCCGACAAUUUGAAUGCUUGGUCCCUACACUUAAAUUAUCGAACCGUACAAAGCGACCUCGGAAAAUCGGAGGACACGAAGUUAUCACGAAAUGUCCGAAGUCUUUUUAUGAUUCAAAGAUGAAAAGAAAAUGUGAGAAUCCUGUAUCAUAUGAAUCCGGUCCUUUUGUGGAGGGAAAAGAUGGGAGAACGUAUAGGAAUGAAGAUUGUGCGCGUUGCAAUGGAGUUAAAAACCGAGUGACCUGGAAUACAGGUUUAGCAUGUGAUAAAUCUACUUUUGAUUUAAUUAAAGAACGGCUUGAAAAUAGACACUUCAAUUUUACUGAAGAAGAGCGAGAGAUGAUACGAAAUUCAUGCGAUGUUGAGAUGAGCCCUCCAGAUAAAUCUACGACUUUCCAAUGCAAGAUUGUCGCUGAAUGCCAGAACAAAAUCCACCCAGAUUAUUCGAAAUGCCUGCUUUAUAAACAAGAAGUUGGUUCUUAUAAUUUUCAAACUUACAAGAAUCCUCAUUGUGCGAAAUGUAGUGGAAUUCUUAUGUUUCAGCUUUUUUUCCGAAGAAUGGCAUCGAAGGACGAUAAAAAGUCGCUUGCAAUAUUAUUCGACUUUUCAAAAGCUUCUCAAAUUUAUGGCUCCGAAGAAGAAAUUGCAGCGUGUCCGAAAGAUGAAUUGUACGACUCAGAGGAAAAGGCUUGCAGAAAGCCACAAUAUGAUGUUCGACGUUUAAAGCUGUUAAACUGGACGUGUCUAUUUAUGAAUGAAACCUUUUCUAAUUCUUCACAACAUAUAGUUCAGUAUGAAAAUGGAUCAGUAUUUAUUUCAUCGCAUCAGCGAGUUUACGAACCGAAAGAUUAUCACAGGCAUGGAGAGAAUAUAACAGUUUGUGGCAAUUUUACAAAGUAUUUCUUAAAGACAACGAAAACUUCGACCACUCAACUUUUUUCAACUGCAGAAUUCAACCUAACGGUAGUCGGUUAUACAUCAUCCAUCAUAUCCUUACUACUUGUAUUGAUUACAUACUUUUUAUUCAGUGAACUACGCACUCUACCAGGAAAAAUGACUAUCUGUUUAGCCAUAGCCCUACUCUUUAGUCAACUGUUUUUCCUCGUCGACAUCUUUGGAGAUUUCUCUGGUAGCUUAUGCAAAGGAAUUGCAAUAAUUCUUCAUUAUUUGUAUUUGGCAUCUUUCUCAUGGAUGACAGUGCUCGCUUAUGAUGUGGCAAAAACAUUUACAUCAAAUGGACGUCGUUCGCAAACCCACCGAGAGCAACGAAUAUUCUUGUUAUGUUCUUUAUACGCCUGGGGCUUGCCAUUGCUAUUGGUUGGUCUUGCAUUGUGUAUGGAAAAUACUGGAGUUAUUGAUAUAAGUUACGGAAAUGCUUAUUAUUGUUGGAUAACUAAUCAAGUGUCGCUGGUGAUAUUCUUCAUCACUCCAGUCAUGAUUAUGAUACUGUUCAACAUCGUUGCAUUGGUACUCGUCUUGACCUUGAUUCGCCGUGAACGCAAGAUAACAAAGAGAGUGAUAUACAGAUCAACAACGAAACAAGAUUUCUCUGUAUGUUGGAAGUUAACGACAGUUUUUGGAAUCACGUGGGUACUUGGUCUUGGAGUGCCGUAUCAUGUUGCUCUGCGUAUUGCGUUUAUUCUGUUAAAUUCAUUACAAGGUUUCUUUCUAAUGGUUGGAUUUAUUAUGACCAAGCGGACCCUAAACCUAUAUCUGCGCAUGACAGGAAUGGGACCGCUGAUCACACGAACUGGUCCUACAAGAAGCACAAUGAGUAGCACCAAGUCCUUUCGCCGACGAAGAAACAGCGAUAACGUUCUUGUAAAAUCAAAACCGGCCAUCAAACAACAGAAUCCACGGUCGCCAGCCGAAGAAAAAAAUGACGUCGUCAUAAAAUAUGCUGAUCCCCCCGGUGCUGCAGAAAAAAUGAAAGCGAUAGAGACAACCGUAUAAAGAUAUCAUUAGACCCGGCUACUUUGAGUCAAACAAUGGCCAAUAAAGGCAAUAAUUAAUAGCUUUUAGAAUUAGGCAUUGCCAGGGCGUCAUUGACAUUGAUUGGCCUUGAGUGAGCCUUGAAGAUAACUUAAUAUUUGGCACGAAAACAAAACUAUGUAAUUUCAACAUAAGGAUUUGCCUCGGAAAAUAGAUAAAAAGAUGAAAGCAAUCGGUCCAAAUCACCCGGAAUUUUCAUGGCUGUCUCACUUGUCUGGUUGCUUAAAAGUAUUUAUAAUGAAAUAACCAGGGCUUGGCCCACGGUCCACAGUCGCAGUGAAGGCGAAAUGAGAAGUGAUUUUGUGAAAAAGUAGAGCCAAUAUAUCUUACAUAAGAUAUACUAAAUAUUCAGUCAUGACUCAUACAAACUACAGCUGAAUGUGUUGUACAUAUAUAAUAAUAAUAAUAUUUAAAUAGACAAAGAUCAAUAAACUAUUGAAUAUUUAUGUACUUGGCGUAUUUCAGCUAAUUUUCUGAUUAAAAGAGAUAAGAUUUAAAAGAUAAAGAGUUGAAUGAAAUGAUUGAAGUCAUAAGUGCAGUAACUAUACUCAAGUUCAAAUUUCACAAACUUUUUUUCGUUGUAGAUUAGUAAACACAUGGUACGUGUUUUCAAUUUGAGCUGAAAGGGAUCG